AUGUCCGACAUCAUGACAUUUUUCACGGCGAAUAUGCUCGCAAGUGUAUUCAAUCAACUCUUUGAAGAGAGCCAGACGGCUGAGAACGCGUGUCCUUUUCUUACACUUAUCCGUUAUCCAGAGCAGGAAGAGGUGGAUGACUGGGGAACGAAAGCACCCAUCCAGGAUUUUGAGACGGGAUUCCUGGGCAAAAGCGACGAUGAGCUUCGUCAAUACUUCCGCCGCUUCUUGUCCGAAAGACCAGGAUACAAACAGGGGAAUAUUGGUGGACACUGGAUGGCAGAGCUCGACGAGCAUUCUGCCAUUGAGUCAACAAUCGUGCUACACUACGGGAUGAAGAAAUCGACGUGGGAUUAUAUGCAUGAAUAUGAGCCCGAGGCAGAGAUCUUUGCGGAUGGGAAGCUUUGUGAUGACGGGUAUAUCUGGUGGAAGUGGAGAGUCCCGUUCAAAUACUCCUAUAGCUUCUACAUAUCCAUCGAAUGCUGCGACUUUGAGGUCAUGCAAUUGUUCUGCCGUCCAGAGUAUCGGGACUCGCGGGGACUCAUCGAUUAUGAGACCUGCGACAAGAUCAUUCGCAGGGAGAUUCCAGACCCUUUGCAGACUGUGGGAGGAGAAAGGGAUGAGUCGCCUGACCCGUGA